AUGAAAAAAGUGGAGGACUUCGCAUCAUCUCAGGCGGUCAGCAACAUCAGCCACCUUGAGACUGCAGAGGACAACGACUCAAGUCUGCCUUCUGCAGAAGAAAGCACGCAGGAGUACAAGCUCACCGGCGCGUCUCUCAAGGAAAGCGCUGAGGUCGGCAUUUUGGAGACGGAAUACAGCGAGUUGGCCCUGAAAGAGCUGAAGUUUGAGGAGGAAAGUGCAGACAAGAAGCUCAUCAUGAGCCUCGAGCAGAAGGUGAAACUCCUCACUGCUGCACUGAGUGGAGAGAGGAAGGCGCGCGACCUCGAGGUGACCUCCUUGAAGAGGGCUCACGACAGGGACACGCAGCAAUACCACAUUGAAGCCGAAGCUGAGAAAGCCGAAGCAGUGGCACUUGCAGUCAAGACCGCUGUAGCCCAGCGCAGGGUCGAAGAGCAAGAGAGGAAGCAGGCAGCUUUGGACAGGCAGAAAGACUACUACGAGAAGGAGCUGGCCAAGUUCUCUGGCAAGACCAAAUCCAGCAGCCGCGCCUCUUCCAGCCGUGUGGCCUAA